UGAUGACCCUAUCAAAUUCAGUCUUCUUUUAAAGAAAAGGGUUUAAGAAAUGUUGUCUGUUUUCACAAGACCACUACUCCAAAACCCUAAACUCAUCAACUUGCUUAAACCCCAAAGUCCUCUUUUAUUAUUCUCUCUAAUGGCUACUGCUAAUUUCUCACCUGUAUCUUCUCCUUCAAAUCAUGUAAAGCGUGUAGGUACCCAUCAUGGUAGCUUUCAUUGUGAUGAAGCACUUGGGUGUUUCAUGAUUCGGCUUACAAAUAAGUAUUAUAAUGCUCAGAUUGUUCGUACUCGUGAUACUCAGGUGUUGGAAACACUUGAUGCUGUGCUUGAUGUUGGUGGAGUUUAUGAUCCUAGUCGAGACCAUUAUGAUCAUCACCAAAAAGGGUUUGAAGAAGUCUUUGGACAUGGAUUCACUACUAAGCUCAGCAGUGCUGGUCUUGUUUACAAGCAUUUUGGAAAGGAGAUCAUUGCAAAGGAGCUCCAAGUUGAUGAAGAACAUCCGGACGUGCAUAGGUUGUUUCUAGCUGUUUACAAGAGCUUCAUGGAGGCAAUUGAUGCAAUAGAUAAUGGAAUCAAUCAGUACGAUACGGACCAGCCACCAAGAUAUGUAAACAAUACCCACUUGUCCUCUCGAGUUGGAAAACUAAACUUGGACUGGACUGAACCUGAUCAGUCUUCUGAAAGGGAGAAUGAAGCUUUCCAACGUGCAAUGGAAUUAGCUGGCAGUGAGUUCUUGGAUAUUGUCCGCUAUUAUGCAAGAUCAUGGUUACCGGCGCGUUCAAUUGUAAUGGAGUGCGUUUCUGCAAGACACAAGAUUGAUCCUAGUGGAGAGAUAGUAGUUUGGUCUACGUUUUGUCCAUGGAAGCUUCAUUUGUUUGAGCUGGAAGAAGAGAUGAAGAUUGAUCCACCCAUCAAAUAUGUCUUAUAUCAGGAUGAUAGGAGCAAAGGUUGGCGAGUGCAAGCUGUGGCUGUAGCUCCUGACAGAUUUGAGAGCAAGAAAGCCCUUCCAUCUCAGUGGCGAGGUUUAAGAGAUGAUGAACUCUCCAAAGAAACAGGAAUUCCUGGUUGUGUUUUUGUCCAUAUGAGUGGGUUUAUUGGAGGAAAUCAAACUUAUGAAGGAGCGCUAGCAAUGGCAAAAGCUGCUUUGAAGCUCUAGGCACAGAAAUGAUUAUAUAAGUUAGUUUUCAGAAAUUGGAUCAUCUCUUUGUGAUUUAACAUUAUUGUUGUUCAUGGCUUCAUGUCGUCAUUUAAAGAGCACAACGACGUUGAAUUUCUAAAGGUUGUUAACGAAACUAUACAAGACCAGCCAGACAGUUUAACAUUUUAAAUGAAUAUCUUUUACUUUUAUAA